AUGAGUUUUACAUUUGGCCAGUCAACUACUACCACAACAGGGUCCACUUUUGGCACCAAUACCUUAUCAGGGGGGAACUUGUUCGGGGCUGGUGAUUCCAAACCUUUUCAAAGUCCUGGAACCGAUAACAAAGUGAAUUUCUUCACAAGUCCCACAACAAGUGCACCUGCAUUUGGCAGUUUCUCGUUUGGUCCAAAAACUACAGCGUCUACUUCAGGGCUUUUUUCAAGUCCGACAACAACAACCGCCAGUUCAGCGUUCGGAGCAUCUAAGCCACUAUCAUUUGGAGGAUUCACAUCUCCUCCAAAUCAAACUGUUGGUAGCCCUGGGUUUGGACAACCAGCCACUCAGAAUGCACCACAAAAUCUGUCUUUUGGUCAAACAUCCACAACACAACAACAGUCCACACUGGCUUUUGGGACUCCUGCAACCCAAGCAGCCUCUUCUUUCGGAUCUCCAACUGCUUCUGGCUUUGGCUUCUCGAAACCAGCCACAAAUACCGGUUUCACAUUAACUCCUACUUCGGGUUUCUCAGUCCCGCAACCAACUGCCACCUCAGCAACGACCCAACCAGCCCAAUCAAGUUUCUCACUGACGCCAGCUACAACCUCGGCUAGUGGAUUUGCACAAAGCACUCCAGGUUUCUCACAAAUGUUUGGGAAACCAUCAUUCAGUUUUGCACCGACCACUACCACAACGGGGACUGCGGUGGCUGCUACUACUAGUGCAGCUCCAUCUUUUGGCACACCAGCAACAUCCAGUUUCACGAUCCAACCACAACCGCAAACAACUUCAACCGGUUUCUCCUUUGGCCAGCCACAAACAACUACGACAACAACAAUAUCUUCCGGUUUCUCCUUUAAUCAAGGACAAACACCAACAACUAGUUUUGCUACAAGUCAACCUCAAACAACAAGUCAAGCCCAACCGAGCUUAAGCUUUGGAACAACACAAACAGCCACGCCGACAACAAGCCAGCAAACUACAUCCACCCUGAGUUUUGGUGGGGGUGGUGCGUCAAAGCCCGCGACUGGGCUAACAUUCCCGACAAGCCAAGCCGGCUUAAGCCUUAGUACGGCUCAAACAACUGGUCUUAGUUUUGGUGGUACUUUAACAACAUCAACGGCUCAAGCACCAAGUGGUUUUGGUGUACCUGCAGCUACAACUACUACAAGUUUUGCGACAAGCCAACCCGCAACGACGCCAGCGACAUCUGCGAUCAGUUUUAGUGCAACUACUACGAGUAGUGGGUUUGGUGUUACUGGAACUAGCGGUGGACUGUCGUUUGGUAAACCCACUACUACUACAGCUACUUCUGGAACGGCUACAUCAGCGCCCUCUGGUAUGUUGUCACUGGGUAAAUCCACCGCAGCUUCUACUAUGCCGACUCUAACUACCACCACAACUACAACAGCCGCAGCUCCGCCGCAACAGAUCACCUCAAUAACAUUCGCUCAACUCGAAGAGAACAUAAACAAAUGGACGCUCGAAUUGGAGGAACAAGAGAAGAUAUUUAUAAACCAAGCCACACAGAUUAACGCUUGGGACAGACUGCUCAUUGCUAAUGGAGAGAUGAUUGUAGAACUAAACGACACAAUACAAACCGUUAAGAAUGAGCAGCAGAGCUUAGAACAUGAACUAGAUUUUGUGUUGGCACAACAGAAAGAACUCGAAGACAUUCUGACCCCUAUGGAAAAACAACUAGUCAACGAAACCGGCGAUAGAUUGCGUGAUCCGGAGAGAGAACACAUGUAUUCGCUAGCUGAGAAUUUAGAUACACAGCUAAAAACAAUGUCUGAAGAUCUGAAAGAAGUUAUAGAACACCUGAAUGAGACCAAUAGAAGUCAAGAUACCAAUGACCCUAUCGUUCAAAUCGGUCGUAUUCUGAACGCACAUAUGUCGUCAAUGCAGUGGAUCGACAACUCAAUCGCACAGAUAUCAACAAAACUUGAUCAGUUAAAAGCGACACACGAUACACUGAGAAGAGAUAAUGAAAGAUCUUUCCAACUUACAUAUAACUGA